CGGGAGAGCGAGAGCGAGGGCGCCUGGGAGAAGCCUCGCCCCGCGGCGAUCGAUUAGUCAGGCCUCGGAAAGAUGGCGUCCUCGGAGCAGGCAGAGCAGCCGAGCCAGCCAAGCUCUAGUCCAGGAAGUGAAAAUGUGAUGCCUCGAGAGCCACUGUUUACAGCGAGGAAACAAGCCCAGGGCACACAGGUUCCUAUGCGAAUUGCAACAGCAGUGAAGUUUCUACAGAACUCCCGUGUCCGCCAGAGCCCCCUUGCGACCAGGAGAGCAUUCCUUAAGAAGAAAGGGCUGACGGACGAGGAGAUCGAUGUGGCCUUCCAGCAGUCGGGCACAGCGGCCGACGAGCCUGCGGCCUUGGGCCCGGCCACACAGGUGGUUCCUGUCCAGCCCCCUCACCUCAUGUCUCAGCCAUACAGCCCUGUGGGUUCCCGAUGGAGAGAUUACAGUGCCUUGGCUGUCAUCAUGGCGGGCAUCGCCUUCGGCUUUCACCAGCUCUACAAGAAAUACCUGCUCCCCCUCAUCAUGGGCGGACGAGAGGACAGGAAGCAACUGGAGAGGAUGGAGGCGAGUCUCUCGGAGCUGAGUGGCAGCGUGGCACAGACAGUGACUCAGCUACAGGUGACCUUAGCCUCCGUCCAGGAGCUGCUCAUUCAACAGCAGCAGAAGGUGCAGGAGCUCGCCCAUGAACUGGCCACAGCCAAGGCCACCACCUCCACCAACUGGAUCCUGGAGUCCCAGAACAUCAAUGAACUCAAGUCGGAAAUUAACUCCUUGAAAGGGCUUCUUCUGAAUCGGAGGCAGUUCCCACCCUCCCCGUCAGCCCCGAAGAUCCCCUCCUGGCAGAUCCCAGUCAAGUCCACGUCACCCUCCAGCCCGGCCGCCGCGAACCACCACAGCAGCAGCGACAUCUCGCCCGUCAGCAACGAGUCCACGGCGUCCUCGCCCGUGAAGGAGGGCCACAGCCCCGAGGGCUCCACGGCCACCUACCACCUGCUGGGCGCCCAGGAGGAGGGCGAGGGGGUGGUGGACGUCAAGGGCCAGGUGAGGAUGGAGGUGCAGGGCGAGGAGGAGAAGAGGGAGGACGAGGAGGACGAGGAGGACGAGGAUGUGAGUCACGUGGACGAGGAGGACUGCCUGGAGGUCCAGAGGGAGGACCGCCGGGGCGGGGAUGGGCAGAUCAAUGAGCAGGUGGAGCGGCGGCCGGAGGGCGCCAGCAACGAGAGCGAGCGGGACUAG